AUGCAGGAAGAUGUGACUGUUCAUGGAUGGAAAUGUAGAUGUGAUACAGAUUAUCUCAGUCCAAUAAGCUUGGUCUCUACGGAUGAGGAUCUUCGCAGGUCGGCUUAUCUUUUCGGUCAGCUGCCACGGUUUAAAGAUGGAGACUUUGUUCUGUACCAGAGUAACAGCAUCCUGAGAUACCUCGGCCGUAAAUAUGGUAUCGUGGGGUGCAGUAAUGAGGAGAGCGCGCUCAUUGACAUGGUGAACGAUGGAGUGGAGGACCUAAGGGUUAAAUUCAUCCGAAUGUAUUUCUAUGAGUUUGAGACGGGUAAAGAGAAGUACGAGAAGGAUCUUCCCAAUCACUUGUCUCCAUUUGAGAAGAUUCUUUCCCAGAACGAUAAUGGAACCAAAUAUGUGGUGGGAGAGAAGAUCUCCUAUGCGGACUACAACCUCCUGGACCUUCUGCACUGGCACCUCCAUGUUUUCCCAGCAUGCCUUUCCUCAUUCCCCCUCCUGACCGCAUACAUUGAUCGUAUUAGCUCCCGCCCUAAACUUAGCGAAUACUUGAAAUCUGACGCUCGCAACAACCGACCCAUGUUCUCUAAAUAAUAAACAAGAGGGACGGCAAAUGUUCACAGGAGAAAGAACCUCAAGAUCCGUCGGAAUCCGGACUCAACACUCAAAUGUUUUUUUGUUUUUUUAAAAUAAAUUUAUUUUAA